GGCGGCGUAAACAACGCGAGGUUUGGUUGAAUUUUCGAGCAGUUAUCGUAAAUUAAAAUAAGUAUAGUUUCAAAUGAAAUAUAUCAGAAAGGCGAUUUGUAGUCCGCAUGCGAACUGCUGUCAUAUAGACGUUUUACUUCAUGGCGGUAUAUGGCUGCUAGUUUUGGCUAACUUUCUGCCUAGUUUGCUAACUUAACGGAAUUAGUUAUCGGAAAUGCAGUGUAUCGUGACUGGAGGAAACGUGAAAGUGUUGGCCAAAGCCAUCCAUUCUCUGUCCAGAAUCGGUGAUACCUUGUAUGUGGAGCCUCAGAAAGAUGGGCUGGCCUUGCGGUCUGUAAACUCUUCUCGGUCGGCAUAUGCUUGCUUCCUGUUCGCACCACUAUUCUUCAGCAGAUACUCCAUUCCCACUGGGCUCAACUUCCACUGCAAGAUGGCAAUAAAGAGUGUGCAGGCUGUGUUCAGAUCGCUGGCAAAGUUGGAGAAGACAGUGGAAAAGUGUCACAUUGAGCUGGAUGAACAGAAAGACCGUCUCACUUUCACCCUGCACUGCAAAUACGGUCUCUUGAAGACACAUAACCUGUCUUACCAGGACAGUGAAAGCUUACAGGCAGUGUUUGAUAAGGACAGCUGUGCCAAUGUAUUCAGAGCCCAGCCAAGGGUGCUGGUGGACACAGUUGCUCACUUCCCUCCAUCUCUGGAAGAAGUGACUGUGACAGUGACUGAUGAACGGAUGUGGGUCAGGAACCAUGUGGAGGAUGAAGCCGAGCUGUCCAAAGCCAUGCUGACAGAGCUGUGCCUGGCUUCAGAUGAGUUUGACCAGUUUGCUGUUAAAGUUCACAACAGCAUCACAUUUUGUCUGAAGGAGCUACGGGGUUUGCUGUUGUUUGCAGAGCCCAUUGGUCUCCCUAUCUCUAUGUAUUUUAAUGAACCAGGCAGCCCUGUGGUGCUUUCGGUAACAGACAGUGUCCUGGAAGGGGACUUUGUGCUGGCCACGCUUUCUGAUGAUUCAAAUCUUCAUAAAAACAACAGCAGAGGAGCGCAAACACAGACACCGCCCCCUCUUGAUGACUUCAUGAAUGAUGAUAUGGAUUCCUACCUAAUCGCCAUGGAUACUAGUAUGGCACCAGGCCCUUCAACCGCUGAUCCAUCCCCACCCUCUUUAUCUGCAUCUACAAGUUUAAAACAAACUACUACUGCAGCAAGUCACAGAACAAGAACGCACAGAGGAGGAGAAGACGAGGAGGAAGAAGAGGUGGAGGAAGAUCCUGACAGGCCACCUGACAAAAAGUUCCGCUCCCUGUUCUUCGGAUCAGUGCUUCCUCCAUCUUCUCAGAUGAGCACGCAGCCGGUAACCACUCAGGAAGUUCUGGCCAGUGACAGUGAGGAUGACACUGAAGCUGAGUGACUGUCAGAGACACAUGGACAAACCCGAGUGUGGGUGACUGCGAGAGUGCUGUUACACCAUGACACAUGGACUACUUGAAACUGAGGAAUUGGACAUUUUGGAUGCAACUUUUUAAUCUCUGCAAUGGCCUAUGCAAGUGUUACAUAGACCUGGUUUAAUGUGCGGAGGCCAGUACUUCAUUUUGAAUUCCAGUCACUGGAUUGUAAAGCUCAAGGUGGAUUUAAAAUCAGAAAUUAUGGAAACCCUAAACUUGAAGCACUUUGUCAUCUGUGUGUUUUUUUAAGGAGAUGCAGGAUUUCAGUCCCACCAAUUAAAACAAACUUAUAUUUCAA